CUAGGGUGUCAGGACGCGCAGCGCCGGGUCUGUGCCACCGCGAAGCAGGCCCCGAGCCUGUCGGGGGGUGCGGGCACCGGCCUGGCUCGGAGUUUUCGCUUGGGUGGUUAGCUCCUGGGCCGGGGCGGAGAGUAUCGUGGCCUUCCUGGCCGUGAGAGAAACGAUGGAGCCUGGAAAGAGAAGAACAAAAGAUGAUACAUGGAAAGCAGAUGAACUCAGAAAACACCUCUGGGUUGCACAAGCAGAUAGCCCAAAAGAUGAAAAGAAACACAGAGAAAAGAAACUACAUAAGGAGUCAGAAUCUGACCUACUUGAAUACAGGGAGCGUAAAUACAAGAAUCAAGACCCAGACACAAAGCAUAAAGAACGGGCAAAUGAAAGAGAUGCUCACGUGUCUAAGGAGACUCUUCGAGGGGAGAGGGACAGAGAAAAACAAAGGGAAAGAAAAAAAGACACAAAAGAUCGGGAAAGAGAAAAAUAUAAAGAGAAACAUCGAGAACAAGACACAGAAAAGUCUCACAGUAGAGGAAAAGACAGAGAAAAAGAAAAAGAGAGAAAAGCUAGGAAAGAAGAACUUAGACAGACCACUGCCUAUCAUAACCUCCUGGGACGUGAGGCGUGUGACAAGCAACUUCUGGAAAAGGUAGAAAAGAAGAUUCGUUCAGUAAGUAAAGUAAGAAUCAAAGAGAAAGAAAAAGGAGAUGAUGACUCAGAAAGAGGAGAUGAAGAGAGAGAAAGAAGAUAUCGAGAAAGAAAGUUGCAGUAUGGUGACAGUAAAGACAAUCCUUUGAAGUAUUGGCUUUAUAAAGAAGAAGGCGAAAGACGACAUAGGAAACAAAAAGAACAAGAUCGAGAGAAGAAACAUCGAGAAAAAAGCAGCACAAGGGAAAAAAGGGAAAAAAUUCCAAAAGAAAAAAGUAAUUCGUUUUCUGACAAGGAAGGGGAAAAAAGACAUAAAGAAAAACGACAUAAAGAAGGUGUCCAUUUUGAUGAAGAGAGGCACCGAAGUAGCCUGGAUAAAAAAGAGAGGUCAUCGAAAGAAGAGCAUAAGAAAAGGGACUCCAAGAAUGGUGAUCACAGAAGUCGAAGUUCUAAUUCAAAAAGAGAUGGAGCUAGCAGCCAGCAUGCAGAGAUUUUAGCAAGGAAUAAUGAAAAAGAUAAAGAGUCAAGAAGAAAGCACAGCCGUGAAGAAGGGUCAUCAGCGUGGAAGUUGGCUCAGAGGCACAGAAGUGAAGAAAAUGUGGAAACUGAAAAGGAAGAUAUUGAUUUAGAAAAUGUUGGAGCUGAUGAAUAUACAUCCAGUUUUGAAGAUGAUUUUGAGGACUAUGAAGAUGAUUUUGAGAUUUGUGAUGGAGAUGACGAUGAUAGCAAUAAUGAAUAUGAAUUAAAAGAAAAAAUUGAAGAACUUCCUCCAGCCAGCAAAAAGGAAAUACAAGAAAUUCAAAAAGCCAUUAAUGCAGAAAAUGAAAGGAUUAGUGAAUUAUCUUUGAAACAGUUCCAGAAACAAGGUCGAAUGGAAUAUGAAGGGGAAUCAAGGACAGAUGCAAACAAGUCCCCUCCCAAAGCCCCUAUCUGUGGAAUUUUCAUGGAUUUUGUAACAGCCUCACACCGUCAAAAGGGCCGGAAUCAGGCCCUUAAGCAAAGGACACGCAGUACCAAACUACUUCGGCUUAUUGACUUAGAUUUUUCAUUCACUUUCUCUCUCUUGGAUCUACUACCAGUAAAUGAAUAUGACAUGUAUAUCAGAAACUUCGGGAAAAAAAAUACCAAGCAGGCAUAUGUCCAAUAUAAUGAAGAUAACGUUGAAAGAAACAUUCAGACAGAAGAAAUAGAGACAAGGGAAGUGUGGACCCAACAUCCAGGAGAAAGUACUAUUGUAUCUGGAGGUGGUGAAAAUAGAGCUAUCUCUGAUGCUACAAUUGUACCAAAGAUUGAUACACCCAGAUUAUCUAACUUUCUUCGGGCUGCUUGUCAGGUGAUUGCUGUUUUGCUUGAAGAGGAUCGUGUGGCAUCUGAACCCAACUGGAACCUCAGGGCUCAAGACAACACCCUUUUUUUUAGCGAUAGCUCUUCUCAGUUGAAUACUAGCCUGCCAUUCCUUCAAAAUCGAAAAGUAUCCUGUUUACAUGCCUCUAAAGUUCAGAGGCAAACCAUGGUUUCUGUUCAUGAUUUACCUGAAAAGACAUCCUCAAAUCAACUGGACAAAAGAUGUAUCCUCUGUGUCUGGGAUAUUUGGCAGCCUUCAAGUCCACAGAAGGUUUUGAUAUGUGAAUCAAAGGUCACAUGUUGCUGCUUUAGCCCUUUUAAAGCAUUUUUACUGUUUGCUGGAACAGUACAUGGCUCCGUAGUUGUGUGGGAUUUAAGAGAAGACUCUAGGAUACAUCAUUAUGUUAAGCUGAAUAAUUGUUUUUGGACGUUCAGGACAUCGACGUUUUCUACGGAUGGUAUCCUUACAUCAGUAAACCACCGAAGUCCUCUUCAAGCAAUAGAACCUGUCUCAACAUCUGUCUACAAAAAACAGAACUUUGUGCUUUCACCUUUUUCUACUCAAGAAGAAGUAUCAGGUUUGUCAUUCCACAUUGCUUCUUUGGAUGAAAGUGGAGUUCUUAAUGUGUGGGUGGUUGUUGAAUUACCAAAGGCAGACAUUGCAGGUUCAAUAAGUGAUUUAGGUUUAAUACCUGGAGGGAGAAUAAAAUUAGUACAUAGCUCUGUGAUACAGUUGAAUAACAGAAGUAGACUACUGGGUCCUUCUUCCUGGUCCGUCUUAUUCUGGAAGCUGAGCUGAAACUUGUCCUCCAUGGAUGACCAUGCUGGUAUCUGAAUACUGGUGGCAUAGCUUCCAGCAUCACAGCAACACUCAAGCCCCCAUAGUACAACAAACUGACAGACAUGUGCGGGGAAGGAUUCUGUGGGGAUAAUAUUAAAUGACGCAGGAAGCAUCAAAAGAAGAUGGAAAGAAUACACAGUCAUUAUACCAGACAGAAUUAGUCGACAUUCAACCAUUUCAAGAGGUAGCAUGUGACCAGAACCGAUGGUACUGAAGGACGAAGUCCAAGCUGCACUGAAGGCACUGGCAAAAAAAAAAAGGCUCCAGAUGUUGACAGAAUAUCAAUCGAGAUGUUUCAACAAACGGAUCCAGCUCUGGAAGUGCUCAUCAUCUAUGCCAAGAAAUACGAAAGACAGCUUUCUGGGCAACUGACUGGAAGAGAUCCAUAUUUAUGCCUAUUCUUAAGAAAGGUGAUCCAACUGAAUGUGGAAAUUAUUGAACAAUGUCAUUAAUAUCACAUGCAAGCAAUAUUUUGCUGAAGAUCAUUCAAAAGCAUCUGGAGCAGUAUUUUGACAGGGAAUUACCAGAAAUUCAGGCCAGAUUCAGAAGAGGACAUAGCACCAGAGAUAUCAUUGCUGAUGUCAGAUGGAUCCUGACUGAAAGCAGAGAAUACCAGAAGGAUGUUUACCUGUGUUUUACUGACUAUUCAAAGGCAUUUGAUUGUGUGGAUCAUAACAAAUUAUGGAUAACAUCGUAAAGAUUGGGAAUUCCGGAACACUUACUUGUGCUCAUGAGGAGCCUUUACAUAGAUCAAGAGGCAGUUGUUCAGACAGAACAAGGGGAUACUGAUUGGUUUAAUGUCAGGAAAGAUGUGUGUCAGGGUUGUAAACUUUCACCAUACCUAUUCAGUCCGUAUGCUGAACAAAUAAUCCAAGAAGCUGGACUCUAUGAAGAAGAACAGGGCAUCAGGAUUGGAGGAAGACUCAUUAACAACCUGCGUUAUGCAGAUGACACAACCUUCCUUGCUGAAAGUGAAGAGGGCUUGAAGCACUUACUGAUGAAGAUCAAAGACCACAGCCCUCACCUCAACAUAAAGAAAACAAAAAUCCUCACAACUGGACCAAUAAGCAACAUCACGAUAAACAGAGAAUAGAUUGAAGUUGUCAAAGAUUUCAUUUUACUUGGAUCCACAGUCAACACUCAUGGAAGCAGCAGUGAAAAAAUCAAAGGAUGCAUUGCAUUGGGCAAAUCUGCUGCAAAAUAACUCUUCAAAGUGUUGAAAAGCAAAGAUGUCACCUUGAAGACUAAGGUGUGCCUGACCCAAGCCAUGGUAUUUUUAGUCACAUCAUACACAUGUGAAAGCUGGACAAUGAAUAAGGAAGACCAAAAAAGAAUUGACGCCUUUGAGUUGUGUUGUUGGCGAAGAAUAUUGACUAUGUCAUGGACUGCCAAAAGAACGAACAUAUCUGUCUUGGAAGAAGUACAACAAGAAUGCUUCUUAGAAGCAAGGAUGGCAAGACUGCAUCUUACAUACUUUGGACAUGUUGUCAGGAGGGAUCAGUCCCUGGAGAAUGAUAUCAUGCUCGGCAGAGUACAGGGUCAGCGGAAAAGAGGAAGACCCUCAACAAGGUGGAUUGACACAGUGGCUGCAACAAUGGGCUCAAGCAUAACAAUGAUUGUAAGGGUGGCACAGGACUGGGCAGUGUUUCGUUCUGUGGUACAUAGGGUCGCUGUGAGUUGGAAUCAACUCGAUGGCACCUGACAACAAUAACAUUUUUAUCUCCUUUAUAUCCUUUAUCAUUUUAUACCAGUUUUUUUUUAACUAUGAAUUUUUCCUGUGCUUCAUUAUACAGUACACUCUUUAAAGGAAAGUAUCUAAUGUAUCCGAUGUUAGUUCCUCCUCCCCCAAAAAUAACCUAAUACUGCAUUUCCUAGAUAUGUGUGUAAUAAAUGUUCACCAGACACUUAUUUGCCAAAUGGUGUUGAGUUUAUUCUUUGUGCCAGCUUUGGGCUAGGCAGCAAGGAAUAAUGUCUCUUUUCUGAAGGAGCUCCUAUAAGGAGGCAGACAUGGAAAACAUGAUUGUUAUUGUAGGUGGGGUUCCUGAAUUUCAGAUGAAGAAGACCCUGAAAUGGAAUUGAGUAUGGAUGAUGUUUCUUAAGGAGUUUUCUUGCGAUCAACGUCUGUGAAAGUGGGGGAAGAAGCAGAAUUGGGGAUAGAGGAGAAGUUGAGCUAUGACUGAAGCUCAGCAACAGCCUCUGAUGUCCAAUGAAUUUUGGGCUAGAAUGGCCAGGCAUUUAUACUCUCUUCUUGAUCAGUUAUGAGCCUCCCUCGUAAGAGGUGUGACAUUGGGUGAAGUACCUCUCUACAGCCCUGAAGGCCUGACAACUGAAGGCUGUCUGUCUUUAACACUCCUAACCUGCCUAGAUCUCAGAAAACAAGUACUUCACUGAAGUGUGGGAAUCUGGAUGGUGCAAAUUCAUGUUCACAAUUAUAAUAUGGAAUAUUAAGUGUAAUGUGAGAGGAAAUGAAUAAGGCAUGUCAAAGCUCAAAGAAGGGGACAGGUUUUGGGAGGGAAUGGAGUGAAAUGGUGACAUCUUAAAGAAAGGUGUUAACUAAACUGAGUCUUUGAAAGACUAGAGUUCUUUAGGCAAAGAAGAAUGUUCCAAUCAGAGCAAACAUUACUUGUGAAGGCCUAGUAUGUAUGAGGAGUCCGUGGGUGAUGCAGACAGUUAAGCACUCAGCUCUUAACCAAAAGGUUGGAAGUUUCAGUCCACUCAGAGGUGCCUUGGAAGAAAGGCUUAGUGAUCUACUUUCCAAAAAUCAGUUACUGAAAAUCCUAUGAAGCACAGUUCUACUCUGCAAUAUAAAGUCACCAUGAGUUGGAGCUGACUCAAUGGCAACUGGUUUUAGUAUGUAUGAAAAUGCAGGAUGCAUUUAGAAAACUGCCAGUAGGUUUGAUGUCAAGAGACAUGGGGGAUGAGUCAGUGGUCAGACCCUAAAGAAUCCUUUUUGCUGUGUGCCAUGGAUUGAAUUGUGUCCCCCCAAAAUGUCUGUCAACUUAGCUGGGCCAUGAGUCCAGUAUUGUGUGAUUGUCCACCGUUUUAUGUGAUUUCCCCGUGUGUUGUAAGUCCUAUCACUGUGGUGAAAUGAAAUGGAUUAGUGGUAGUUAUAUUGACGAGGUAUACAAGAUUGGAUAGUGUCUUAAGCCAGUCUCUUUGAGAUAUAAAAGAGAGAAGCCAGCAGGGAGAGAGGAGAACCUCAUACCAUCAAGAAAGGAGCCGGAAGCAGAGCACGUGGACCUGAGGUUCCUGUGCUGAGAUGCUCCCAGACCAAGAAGACCGAUGACAAGGCCCUUCUUCCAGAUCCAACAGAGAGAGAAAGCCUUUCCCUGGAGCUGGAACCCUGAAUUCGGACUUGUAGCCUCCUGGACUGUGAGAGAAUAAACUCUUUGCUAAAGCCAUCCACUUGUAGUAUUUCUGUUAUAACAGCAGUAGAUGACUAAGACACUGUGCUAAAGGGUUUAGACAUUACCUUGAAGAUGAUAGGAAGCCAUUAAAAUAUUUUAAGGCAAGGAGUGACAUGUCUUGUAUGCCAUUUUGAGUGAUCAAAUUGGCAAAAAUGUACAUACAGAACAGAGGAAAGGAAAGUUGAAUUAGGGUGACCAGUUAGGAGGCUAUUGUAGUAACCCAUAUGAAAAGUAAGAGUCUAAACUAAGGCAAUACUAGUGGAUAUGAACAGAAGGGUAUGGAAUAAGGGGUAGAAUUGAAAUAACCUGGUGACUGAUUUUAGGAAUGAUUGAGAGUGAAAAGUCUAGGUUGGCCUUGCCUACUACCCACAAAUAUGUCUAGUUCGGUCACUGAGUACCAGUCACAUGAUAAAGAACUUAAGAGGAAAAGGGGUUUGUUGAAGAAGUUCUGGGAUGGGUAGGAAAUGGUUCAGUUUAGGAUGGGCUGAGCUUGAGAUAUUCAUGGAGAUGUGCAGGAGGCAGCUGGCUCCACUGGAGGGAUCUCAGCUGGAGGCACUGAUUUGGAAGCCAUCAGUGAUAUUUGCAGUCCUGAAGGUAAUUGUGAGAGGAGACCCAAAGAUUCAAAACUGGGGUCUGUCUGUUUAAGAUGUAUGGAGGAAGAAGAGCUUGGAAAGGAGACUGAUAAAGGGUAGCCAGAUUCCUGACUUCUGACUGUGACAACAUGGCAGUAGGAACUAACAAGGACCCCUUUACUGUUACAAACAGAUAUACUGUAUAAAGUAAAAACUUUUUAACAAAAGCCUUAUUGUUAUAAAGCUAACUAUAGUUAUAAAAAGAAAGCAAGAAAAAUCUCUGAAUGCCAGAAACAAGAAGGGUAAACAAAGAGAAAUAAGGACCAGUGGUAAGCUUGUGAGCCAAUGUUGUGACAACCUGCAGAAAGAAAAAUAUCAGACCUGGGUGUAGGCCUUGGCUACUAAAAAAAUGCUGGUGGAUCAAAUCCACCCAGACUUCUGGCCAACUUGGCCCCAUAGACAGAAGCACCACACCAUCCCUCCACAGCAAAGACUGGAAAAACUAAAUAAAACAGAGACAAAUGUCAUUCCUGGAAUCUGAAGUGUCAAAUGAAGAAAUAAAGAACUCAGCCAAACACUGAAUGGACUAAGAAAGUGACAGAGGACACAGAACGAGGAAGGAUACACAUGGAGGUCCCGUAUCAGCUAAUGCAGCAUGGAUUUGCCAUCUUGAACUACUGUCAGAGAUCGGCAGACAGGGAGCACGGGAAAGCAGCUUCAUGGGGCUCCCAGCAGGAGACAGAGCACCCAGUAACCAGCAAUAUACGCGUUUCCACCCUCAUCCUCCCUCACCAGCACUUUGGCCUCCUCUGCUUCCCACUGGCCACAGCCUCUUGGCUGGAAGGCAACUGCUUUGGCCUCGGGCUGCUUGGAUUUGCCCUGCCCACACUGGCAAGCCCCCUGAGUGCCAUUUGUCUGUCGUUGGUGUUACUUUUUUUUGUUUCUUUUGGUUUCUUCUGUGCCUUACACCACCUUCCCGUCCUUUCUCUCAAAUACCUGGCUCCAUGUGCCAUCUCUGCUUCUUCCUGAAAGGCUGUAAAGCACUGCUCAACUGGGGAACCGCUCCCCUGGCCUGCAACAACACACUGGUGGGAUCCGUGGGGCUUUUUUCUUUUUUGCUUUGCUUUGUUUUUCUUUUCACAGCUUGGGAGCCCCUUCUAGCUGGGCUGUACCACGUGGCUUAGGAGCCACUUACCCAGUCUGCGUAGGCCCUGGGUGAAUUUUUUUUCUCCCUUUUUUCAUAUCUGUCUUUCUUCAGUUCUCAUCUCUCUACACUUACCUUCUUUUCCUGUCUCCUGAAUACCCAGUGCUCUGUGACAUCUACACCCCCUGUAGCCAGGCUAUACAGCACAGCCUAGGAAUCACUUCCUCGAUCUUCACCCCUGCACCAGUGGGACCCCUGGGGCUUUUCUUUUCUUUUUUCUAGAUUUUUUAUCUAGUUUUUUUUUUUCUUUCUUUUUUUUUUUUUUCUCCAUUUCUUGGUUUCUCAUCUGUCCACUUCAAUGGAAAGCUCCCUUAGCACCCUU